GAGUGGACCGUCUGCACUACCGCUGUGCGAACUCAGCGAUGCAAACAAAGCGAGAAAACGUUUUGGGAAGAGUGCAAAAAGGAGAAAAACUCACAGCAAAGCAAUAUCGAUGAUAGUGUACAGUAACGCGUAUCGUGAAAGUUUACACGAAAAUAGUUCCCAGAACAUGGUUCUAUUAUUGUAGCGUGGACUUUUGCAGCUACGUACAUUCGGAACGUGUCAGUGUGCGUACGGUACAGCCAGCAAGUGAAGGAAGCUACCAUAGAGUAUCGAGAGAAAUUGAUCAUCGUCCGUGGCAUAAGCCAAACAACGUCGACGAUAUCAGCAGGGCUUUCGUCGUGAAACCGUUUCCCAACCGAGCGAAACAAGCGAAAAAUGAGAAAAUGUUUGACCGUCCGAGAUGUCGCGACUGGAGUCCACUAUCGACGCAGCAGCUACGGUUGCGCAGCUUAAUACAAAUUUCCGGACACAACAUUACCCUAGCAGCAGCGGCACCGGAUCGUGUUGCCCCAGCCGAAGGAAGAUCGAAAUGUACCGUUUACUUUACGCUUCAUCAGACGCCUCAUUCCGCCCCGUUUUACACGAGUGAAAAGCUUGACCUGCACCGGAACGUACUGUGGGCGGAAAUCGAUUGCCCAGCCACGAUCAAAUCCUCCCUGCGGAGUGUGUGUGUGCGCGUGUGGGAACACAUGGGUAGCGGUGGUGAGGGUGAGCUGCUGGUUGCUUCCGGAACGACGCAAGUGCCUCACGAGAACGACCAUGGCGAUGAGAAUCUUCCAGCAAACACCGAUCGGCUGCUGUUUGCAUGGGGUGUAUAUUUUUCCGGGCUGGUGCCGCUGGCACGACGGAACGAAAAGCGUCUCCGGCCGAAUACGCUCGUGUUUCAGCUGCAUGGUGGAUAUUUCACGUCGGCCGCCUGCAUACUCGAACCGGAAGAACAGCGACCGAUGGCGGCAGUUACGGGCGUGACGGAUGGCACGAUACCAAAAACAGCGACACACUCACCCUCGGCAACGAUUCCAAUAAUUGGCGGUGGUGUUGGUGGUCGGCGUGGUGGCCGCGAGAACAACGUCUUACACUGUGAUACUAGCAAUAAUUCCUCCCCAUUGGCGUCCGGGCCUCAUCUUUCCUACCAGACGCCAUCUUCCGCUUCGCCGAACCAGUGGACCUUCCCGAACGGUGGCGCUUCGUCGCUGCUGCUGGGUGGUGUGGAAGGCCGUCUCGACAAGCUAUCUGUGUCGCCCGUGGUCAGCAAUGGUGGAAGCAGCACAGGAACCGGGUUUCCGCAUGCGCGAUCCGCCAGCCCGUCCACACCGAUCAGCUGGACGGAACCGUUCGAGACGAGCCUAAAGUUGCGCUACCUUGUGAUGGAAUUUCUUACCGGGGAGGUUCGCCCAAGCUACGAUGUAACGCGCCUGCUAGCGAUACAGGAACGGCAAAGGCGGAUCCGGUAUGAAGCUGACAGCGCGAAAACACUCACGGAACGUAUCUGCAUGAAGAGUGCCUACUGUCUAAAUAUGGAACUGUUUAGCAGCAAGCAUCUAGUGUACCGGACCGGGGCGAAUCAAGGCCGGACGGGUGGUAUGGGCAAGCAGCUGAGCAAACUGCUCUACCAGGAGCGUGAACCGAUCGAUCCAGCCGUGUUGUUGCGCGGCCAGGAACUAAGGCGGCAGAUCGAGCGGGCUCGGUUUCGCUGUCGGUUGUUGGCGCAGGAACGAGACCGGAUUUGUGGCGGUAUGCAGCAGCUACGCAAUCGGCUAAAUGUGGCCUGUGAUACUAAUAUUGAGCGAGAGUCGGCACUAAUGGAGCGGUAUCGGACGUACGGAAAGGAGAAGGAACUGCUAUACCAGCAGAAGAUGGCAUACGCGAGCCAGAAAGACAGUGUGCGGGAGGUUUGCGGGAAGAUGUUGCAGGUCCGCCAUCGGUUGUUGAGAGAAUUGAAUGAGAUUUAUUAUAUCAAAUCGACGAAUCAAGGCAUCUACACGAUUAACGAUGUACCGUUGCCGAAUGCGGAGUCGUAUACCGACUCGACGCCGGCACUGGCCCUGAGCGUUGCCCUCGGUUUCGUUGCUCACGCUGUGAUGAUGUGUUCCUCGUUCUUAGAUAUUCCCUUACGAAACCCCAUUAAGUACGAUGGUUCCCGGUCGAAGAUAGUGGACCACAUUAAGCUCCUACCGACGAUGGAUCGAGACUUUCCUUUGCAUUGUCGCUCGGGCCCAGCACCGAACGCACUCCUCUACGGCGUGUACCUGUUGAAUCAGAACAUUUCACAGCUAAAGCAUCAGCUUUCGCUAAGCCGUGGCGAUCCACGGGCCACACUCGUCAACCUGCUGGACAUUCUCACGAUCCCGGGAAUCGGUGGUUCCCUGCCAAACCGUACCCUUGAAGAACCGUUUCAAAUGCUACCCGCUUCCAUGUACGGUUCGUCGUCUGUCGAUUUAAAGAUGUCGCCCGGAUUUGUUUCUAUUCCGACUGCCGGCAGUAGCAGCGGAAGCAGCAGCAGUGGGUCUUUUCUUCGGGAAAGCCCGUCUUGUAGUAAUAGGUAGGAAUAUCCCGUUCGGUUGAUAACUACACGGACCGGUUUCAGGAUCGACGGCAGCAGAUGCAAAAACAGUACCGGCAUCAUUCGUUGCAGCAGCAGGCAAAGUAUUCGAACAGUAGCGGUGGCAUUAAUGCGGUGGCCGAUCAGAAACCGCACCAUCAACACCACCAUCAUCAUCCACAGCGACGCAGUUGUGGCAAUAGUACGUUCUCUUCGGAUCCGAUCCUAGCUCAAAGCGUCCCAUUACAGCGACCGUACGACUUUGAUGGUGGUAAAAAGUUCUAGUUUCCAUUUUCCCACACCAAUUGCAAACAAUUUCCCCGCGCGUGUAAUUUAAAGUGUAACAAAAGGCCGAAACGCCGCCCUAAGAAUAUUGUUAUCUUUUUUUUCUUCCUUUCUCUCAA